AUGAAGUCGACCUUUCUGUUUAUAUUAUUGACGGCCAGUUGUGCUUUGGCUGAUAAGAUCCUUCUUGGAUACUUUCCAAACUGGCUGGGAUCAUCGUAUCCAGUCUCCAAAAUCAACCUUUCGAAAUACACUCACAUCAACUAUGCAUUUGCUGAGAUGGCCAAAGGCGAUGUACCUGAAUGGCCAGACAAGAGUGUGGUUGACGUACAGCUCCCACAACUUGUCAAGGCUGCCCACGCAAAGAAAACAAAGGUUCUUAUAUCAAUUGGUGGCUGGUCCGGAUCUCGUACCUUUAGUACAAUGGUCUCCAGCUCAUCUCGCCGCAAGAAGUUUAUCAAUUGGCAAAUUAGCCAAAUUAAAAAGUACAAUAUUGAUGGAAUUGAUAUAGAUUGGGAAUAUCCCGGUACUCAAGGACAGGGAUGUAAUGUAGUCAACCUAAAUUCAGACACAUCAAACUUCCUCAAGCUCCUCAAAGAAUUGCGCACAAGCUUGGAUACAACAUUUGGUGCAAAGAAAAAAGAAAUUACUAUUGCAACACACGUAAACACAUUUGUAAAUGCAGCAGGAAAUAUGAAGAAUGUAUCUGCAUUUGCAAAGGUAUUGGACAGAAUCAACAUCAUGACUUACGAUAUCAAUGGAGCAUGGGGUGCCAACACAGGUCCAAAUGCUCCCUUCAAUUACCAGCCUGGCGAAGGAUCAAUUAGUUUUGUCUCUUCAAUCCAAACCUGGUUGGAUGCUGGUGUUCCUGCCAAUAAACUUGUUGCUGGUAUAGCCUUUUAUGGCCGGGCCACUACUGCCAAACAAAAUAUGCUUAUAACAAAGUAUCAAUAUCAGCCUCAGAUCACUGGAAAGCCAGCUCAAGGAGACUCUCUUGAUGGCCCUUGGAAAGAUCUUUCCUGUCCUGCAGAUUCUGGGGACAGAACUGGAAUCUGGCGCUAUGAAAAGAUUCGAUCUCAAGGACUCUUGUCGUCCCCAACAAAGGCAGUGUCGCCAUGGGUACGCACAUGGGACAGCGUUAGUCAGACCCCUUGGUUAUUCAAUCCCAAGACAAAUACAUAUCUCACCUAUGACGACCCUGCAUCAAUUGCUGUCAAGGUCAACCAUACUCUGUGCAAGAAAUUGGGAGGAUUGAUGGUGUGGUCUGUGGAACAAGAUUCUAGCAAUGGUGAAUUGCUUAAUGCAGCAUAUUCUGUCCGUACUACUAGAAAAGGGCCACAAUUUGAAAAAUAUAAGCGAUACACUGAUACAUGGUUGAUGGUACACCCGCCUAUCCGUGGAAACAGAGCCAAUCGACGGUUCUCUUCUUCGAGUGGCCAAAGUGGACUGUCGACCCUCACAUCAAGCAGUAGCUUCCACCGAAAGGCUCUUUCUCUUGAUACUGUCCCCUUAUUAAAUACAACCCCUACCACCUUCUUUGAAAAAGCUACCUGCACCAUCGCCACAGACUACUCUUUACCUCAGGAAAUAUCCAUGACGACACCCUCAGUCAAGCAACAAUCAUCUACUAGUCUUCAGCAACCCACACUACCCAAAAGAAGAUCCGGCACCGGUAACGAGAACGAGGGCUAUGUAAUGACCGUAAGGACGCCUGGAAAUCAACAGCGACGCAGCAUGACUCCACACAUACUGGUACCCAUCUCACAAGGACUUGUAAUGUGUGUACGUGUUGAACGCGAUUACUCCAAAGGAGAUGGAAUCACUAAAUUCCAAACAGUUUUUCCUCCAGAACUCGAAGGACGAAUACAACAUGACAAACUAUUACACACAGUAGAGACUCUGAAUGCUAUAUUACUACAAGCAGAGACAUUAACCUUUCGACAUGUUUUUGAUAAUAUAAUGGAAUGUUUGACGAUCUAUACCUGGCCACUGCUUUUUCCUUCAAAAUAUCAAAAAGCACUCGACCAUCUUCGACAGUUUGUUGAAACGCAAAAUAAAGAAGUAUAUAAUCCCCUUGGCAUGGAGAUCACUAGUCCUGUCCGUGUAGCUUUUCUAUAUCUUGAGAUCAAGAUAUUCGAGAGGAACGAAGCCUCAUGAAACUAAAAAGAAGACGAAGAACAUAUUCCAUUUACACCUUGUCGUAAUCCAUGCCAUUCCCUAUUUUACUUUAUUUUUAUUCUAUUUGCCUCGAAUUACCCCCAAUCUUCAAAUUACCCUCUUUAUACUGCAUCUAUUUCUAGCUUCCCUUUAUCCUCUAUCUCUCUCCCUUUUUUAACCUCUGUUCCUAUAGUGUGUCUUACUAUCUUGUUGUUGUUUUUUAAAAGAGAAAAAGGAACAAAACUAUUUCACCAAAACGUAAUUUCUACAUUUUAUUGAAACCUAAACUAAUCAUAUAGGGAUCAUUUUUCAUUCAAAUAAUAAUAAUAAACCCGUUAAGCUUGUUUUUUUUUCCAAUUCCU